CGAUCGUGUCGACAGAUCCGCGAGUGUCUAGUGUCUGGAUACCGUCUGUAGAGGCUCCUGGACCAGGAAUGUGAAAAGUCAUCAGAUACCUCUAGAUUUACUUUCUCUCACAAUGGAUGCAUUUGAGGACAUGACGCUGUCCGCCCAGCUGGAGUCGCUGCGGCGCCAGAAGUCCGCUCUCAACAAGGACAGCCAUGGGGGAAGCAGCCAAAGUGUGGGCACCCCGUCCAAGCCGGAGAGCGGGGAGUUCUCCUUCUUGAGGCGGAAGUUGGCCCAGUUCCGUUCGGGGAAGUGGAAGCGGUCUCUGGACGGCAGCAGCAUGGUUCGCUCCCAGAGCUGGAACCACGGGCUCCACACGACCAGCAAGUUGCAGAGCGAGUGGUCGUCCUCCCUCACGUCACUGCAGGAGAACGAGGUGGUGGACGCCACCAGCACCAAGCAGCCGCAGCCCGUGGACAAGGACAAGGACAGGAAGCCGCUCACCAGGAGUCAGAGUGUCUACCACAAGGUUCCGCCCCCUGAGGUUGUCAAGUUCCGCAGAUCCUCUCAGCCUUUGACCAGUUCAAAGGACAAGAAGAGACCUGUAUCCUACGCGGGCAUCACUCAAGCUUCCAGCCAAUUCUACAGACCUCUGGACGAAACUGAGGUCGAAGCCGAGGCGGUUUCAGUUGAGAGGAAACCUCUGGCCGCUUCGUGUGAGAAACUAGUCGAUGACGAUGACGAAUUUUAUAUCAGCCCAUUGGGUUUUGCGAGACACGGGUUUCGAAGAUCCAUGCACUGCAUGCCCACUUCUUCCUCCACCCAGGGCAAGAUAUUCCGCAAGUUCGGCAGCCAGAGUGACGGACGCUCGAGGAGUCUGACACAUAUGGAUGCGCUCGAGCCGGGAGCGGUGUUCAAAGAUGUGGACAAGGACUCCCACUUGAUCGUCCCCCCUCUGCAAGCCCGUCGUCACAAACUCGCCAGAUCCCAGGUGUCCAGUUCGGAAUACUUCAGUGUAAGUUUUGAAGUAGGAUCCAACGUCGAGGACGACGAGUUCGUUGUUGCCGCUAAGGGAACCUCACUUGCAGAAGCCUUAAAUUCCGUGUGUGCGAAGAGAGGAAUCGACCUGACCAAUGUCAACGUGUACCUGGACUCGUACAAGACCCCACUUCCAGUCCUCACCACAGAGACCUCGUGGCUGGGGGGCAAACAUAUCCUCAUCAAAGGUAAAGAAGAUCGGCCUCAACCCACGUCUCAAAGGCCCAAGACGAAAGUUUCUCAGGUCUCUCAUUCGAGAAAAUCCUCCGGAUAUCGAGGCCGUGGCAGUCGCUUCUUCAGCGCUAGCACCGAGGACGCAGCCUGCACGGAGGCCAGCGACACCUCCGGCAAGUCAUCAAAGAGCUCUAAACAACGCUGGAGCGGCCUCUUCGGAAACGCUAAGGAUACGAAGAUGGAAGCGCUUGUGGACCACCUAAACAAUUACAGCAAGCACGGCAUUCCACAACUCCCUAAUGCGGAUGAAGAUCUGGAAGAAGCCCUUUACAACCUGGAGGAGGACUGGAGAGAUGUGGUGGACAACUCGUCCAGUCUCCCCGAGAGAGUGCAGCAGCAGCAAACAGCUGUUUGGGAGCUGAUACACACAGAGGUCGCCUACAUACAUACUCUCAAGGUCGUCACAGAUCUGUUUCUGUCGUGUUUGACGAACCUGCAGGCAGCCAAUAUUCUGAGUGACGUGGACAAGACAAGGCUGUUCAGCAACAUCACGGAGAUCUACAGCUCUAACAAACUCUUCUGGAGCACCUACGUCUUACCGAUGUUGAAUGCCAGCAGAGAGUCAAGAAGCGUUUUGAACCCACAGUUGCUCCUAGAUGGAUUUAUCAGAUUUGAAGAGAUAUUCCGGCCGUACACCAAGUAUUGUGCAGAGCAAUCACAGUGCCAACAAUAUUGUCGAGAGAGGCAUGGGGAGAGCGAACUUUUCACCGCCUACCUUGUCUGGUGCGAGACCCAGAAAGACUGCAACCGCUUGAGGCUCAUGGACAUCCUAGUGAAGCCUAUGCAGAGGAUAACCAAAUACUCUCUUCUGCUCAAGGCCAUUCAGAAGCACACGGAGGCAGACGACCUGCGACUCAGCCUGGACCAAAUGAUCAGCAGGGUGGAUAUAUUCGUGAACAGCGUGAACACGACUCUGAGACAGAAACAGGAUCUGGAAAAGCUCCGAGCCGUCAUUUCCAGGAUAGAGGCUUACGAUGUGGUUGAAUCCAAGGACGAAGAUCUGGAGAGGCUGGUGAAAAGCUACAACGAUCUCGACCUCACGUGCCCCAUGCCUGGCUGCUGCAACUCCCAACGCCGCCAUCUUCUGCUUGAGGGUGACCUGAAGAUCAAGGAUAACGUCACUUCCAAAAUGGAUGUGCACUGCUUCCUGUUCACGGAUAUGCUGUUGGUGUGCAAAGCUACCAAUCGACGGUCCGAGGGAAGGUUUAAAGUCCUCAGGCAGCCAUAUCUGGUGGAGAGAUUGAUCGUCCAAGAGCUGAACAGAGACCCUGCCACUCUAGCUGUGGUCUACCUGUCAGAAUACCGUGUACCUUGUGGCGCCUUCUUGCUAUCCAGUCCUGACACCAAGGCGCUCAAGAACUGGGCGAGUAACAUCAAGAAGGCUCAGGACCUCUACGCCAGCGCCAAGCAAGCUACGACCGCCAGCAGCCACUCCAUCCUGGCGCUGAGCCGGCAGCCCAGCGGCUACUACGAGGAUGAGUGGCAGGAAGACAACGACGUCGACACCCUCUCAGUUGCCUCCUUAGGGCUCUUCCCUCUCAAGAGUCCCCGCGGCUCGACCAGGGGCAGCAGUCUUAACCAUUCCCACAGCGGGUCAGUGGAGAUGGAAGGGUCCUCGGUGAGUGCCAGCAGCGUGAGUCAGUCCCGUGGAGUCAGUGUGGAGAACGAGGUCCGAGGCUCCAGUCAGAGCUCUGAUGAAGGGAUCCCCGUUAUCGCCGAGAGGGGUUAUCACUCGACUUCACCUAGAGGAGACAGACGAAAGUGCACGAGUCCUAAUACGCUGAGUAUACAAGUGCCUGUGUUCUCUUGCCUGGGCCAAUCACUGCCAGACCUGAACCAAGUAACCGCCACCACCGGGUCCAGCGGGUCCAUGCUCUUGGUGCCUCCUAGAGGCAGUCCUCACCGCGGAACCUCCUAUCCACCCCCCAGCCCCCCGCUACGGCGAGCUCCCGCCCUCACACUCUCGCGGAAUCCUCCCCUGCUCAAAACCCGCCACAUCGCGUCUACAAGCACCACCCUUGUCACCGGCAGCUGUGAGGUCGACAUCCCCGUCAUAGCAGGGUUAGAGGACCAGGGGGAGAGUAGUGGGCAGCAGGCACAACAGCACAGACAGGCCUUCAUAAAGAGACUGACUCGCACUGACAAGCGGUAUCACACGGCGGGCGUCAUCGAAGAGAUCAAGAAGCAAGACACCAGAGACAGCAGCAUACACAAGCGGUUAUCGUGGAACUGUGGGGGAGCGUCCAACGACGCUGCUCACCUCCACAGGCCAAUCGUUGCUACCCCAGGCAUGUCCACGGACAGUGUGCGGAGCUCCAGCGGCGUCAGCUCCACAGCGGAGAGCGUCUCCAGCGGUCUCAACAUCGAUAGCGACGGUGUAAGAGAACUACGGGAAAUGUACCACGACUCCUUUGCCUGCACCACUCCUCCCGCCUCUCCAAUGUCCGAACAGUUGACUCCAGGUUCCAGCUCGUUAGCGAGCUCCAGGAGUCAGUUGGCAGAGAUAAUUUUAAAUGAUCCCACGUUAGAAACUUCGGACGUAUGAGGAUCGUGAGGAGUUUUUACCCUACAACGUCAACGAUAACUUAUUAAUAGUAAAAUAAGCCAUGUAAAUACUGUAAUCACUUUGCUAUGAAAUAAUUGUAUUUUUACCAAAGGUGGUUGUGGUAAAAGGGUCUAAUCUUAUCUUUUUAUGUACUAUGGUAUAUCGUAGAAUCGCAUAUUUUUUCACUCUAUCGUCGUCAUUGUCUAUUGUAAAGUUUGGUGCAAGGACACAUUGAAGUUCCGUAUUUUUAAUAGAGAAAGUAAUAAACAAAUUAAAAUAGGCGCAAUAUUUGUAAAAAUCACAGAAAUUAAUGUGUCAAUUGUAAAAUUGCUCUACUCUAAAAUUAAUGAUAAAAUAAAUAUUUAAUAACACUUUAAAUAUAUUAAUUUUUUUAUGUAAAAUAUUCUUUAAAAUAUUCAUUUUAAAAUUUAUGUUUACGUUGAAAUAGUUUUUUUAAUGAUUUAAAUGUGUCUAUUUCAUUUUUUAUUGAAAAUAUGCAUGAAAUGCCAUAACUAUGUUCAUGAUCUAGUUUUUGAUCUUACAGUUCGAUAUAAAAGCAAUAAUAAAAAAAUAUAUUGUGAAUUAAAUACCAAUGAAUAAACAUUUAAUAUAUUUCGAGUAAAUUGUAUAAAUGUGAUUAAAAACCAUUCAAAAAUAAGAAAUUAACAUUAAAUUAUACAUAUCUGUAACGCACAAAAAUGUAAUGUUGUUCAGGUCAAAGUUCAUGUUGCGAUCACAAUCAUCUGAUGCAUGAAAAUGUUUAUUGCUUUCUCUGUAUUUUAUCUUGCCAGUCUAUAAGACUUCCUUUCCCGCCAGCUGUCCGACAUCCUAUGUAAAUAUCAUUCUACCUGCUCUUGGUUACAUAUACCUGUCUUAUAUUGUAACUUUGUUUUUGUACAGAUUUUCUCCCAGAAAGCGUAGAAUUCUACUUGUGGUGAACUACCGUAGCUUUAACGAAUGCAUGAAACGCUUAUAUACAUAGUUGUGGACCAACCCCGCCGCGGUAGGCUCUACGUUUGGUAGCCAUGCCCUAAUGUUGAACUUUAGGUCAAAAUAAUUUUUAAAAGGACAUAUUUAACAUAUCUAAUCCGUUCCGAUCAACAUUUCAGUAGUUUUUUUGGAUUUAUUGAGGUUUUUAAAUACUAAAGCGACAGUCCUAUAACUUACAAAUGUUUUGUUAGUAAUGUUCAGUUGCCUGUGUUUGUAAAAAUACACAACUUAUAUUUUUUUAUUUAUGAAGGUGGUGCAUUAGGUCUUUUUCUUUGUGGAUGUUUUUGAAGAUUUAAAAUUCAAAGCCCUAAAAAAUGACUUCCAUUAAUACUCGAAAAGUAGACAAAAAUCUUUUAUAUCACUAGACAGCACCUUAAAGCAGAGAACUAAGGCAAUUUUGUGAUAAAACAAAUAAAAACCGCUGGAGAUUAAAAUUUGAAUUUUUAUAAUAUGUACUCAUAGUUUCAGAGAGUGAUUUUUUAACUUAAGAAAAUUAUAAUUUUAAAAUAAAUGUAACUUAAAAAAUUGACGUGUUUAGUAAUUUUUAUAAAUUGAACUAAAUCUGUUAUGGAACUGUUUUUUAGCCUGAGCAAAAGGUAACCCAAAAGUCAUGCUUUAAACUCCUAUCAUUGGUAAAAUAACUUUCUGCCUUUAGGAAUGUUUCUUAAAGGGCUAUGAUCAAAAAUAAAAAUCCAACCGGAAACCGUUGCACCACCAUAACAAAGUAUAAUAAGAUCUAACAUUUUCUUAGGAACAACAGGUUUGGUUUUUGAUGAAACUAAUUCAAGAUAUCGUUAGCUGUUCUUAUAUAUUUAUGAUCUAAACUUGUACUUAUUUGCUACCUUUAAGGAAAAAUAUUACUUUCUGGAAUUAAAGUAUGUAUAACUUACUCGAUGGAUAUUUUACACUUUUAAAAUACAAGCAUACUUACACUAACUUCUUUUAGUUAAAUUAAGAUAUAAGUGUGAUAUUUUAAUAUUUCCAUGAAAACAUGCAGACUCUUUUUAUGCUGAUUCCUAUAAAUAAAAAGGCCUAAUUAGAUUAUAAUCAUUUGGACCAAUAAGAAUAAUUUUUCACUAAUAAUUGUUGUAUCAUACUUAAUAGGUAUUUUGCUACUGAAGUAAGUAUAGUGUGGUGUCAUGCAGGCUGUACAUUGUCGCGUUACAGAAGGUUUUAUAUAAAGCAAUAAAAUGUGUAGCGUAGCUCAGUGAUUAGUGUAAAACGUUGACCACACUUUACUGGCCAGUGUCUACUAUACGUUUUUAUUACUCUUCGAACACUAGACCCUACACUGAACUGUCCACUCAACCCAGACCACCGUGUAGGACAUUGUUUUUGUUUUGGAUGGCUUUUAAUAGAUACAUUUUUAUUGUGCACUUUCAAACAGUAUCAAAUCCACGUAUUAAGAAAUUUUCAUAUUAAAAUAAUGUUUCGGAAUGAUCAAGUGAUGUGUAUUAUAAAUUUAAAUUAAUUAGAAGAUUUUUCACUGCAUUAAAAAGUGGGGAAAUUUCCAAAAGAAACUCGACUGAAGUAGUUGAUAUAUUGAUCUGUUAGAAGAAAACUAAAAAAUUACGAAAAAGUCUAAUUAAGGGGUUCAAUUUUGUUUCAACAAAUAGAACCUGUAAUAAUUUUUAAAAUUGAAAUGAACAUAAUUAGAGUUCAAAGUACGCAAUUUGUCACAAAUCUCUAAAGUAGCAUAUUGAGCCAGGUUUAUAUGGGAACAAGUGAUUUAAUACACUCGUAUAAUUGGCCAAUUUGCGAGACGCUACGAAAUAUUUGAGCAAUUCAAACAUGAUAAGGCUUCACCUUAUAACAUUGUCGAUCUUUUAAUAUUUUUCAGUUUAUAUUAUAUUAACCCUUUGAGUGCCAAGAGCCCAUGACAUCGGCCCGCAGGCUUUUCGAAUAUUAAUUAUUCUAUUACAAAAUUUUGAUAUAUUACAUUGUACUUAGUCUCGUGUUAUGCAUAAUAAGUCAAAUAUACAUAUAUUAUCUAUCUUCAUUUUAUUUGUUACAGCUGGUAAAAGCUACUUGCCAAAUAUGAGAGACAAACUUUAUGCGAGUGCAAGUUGUCAGAAAAGUCAUACUAAGUAUUAGAGGUGCUUACUUUUUUUAAACCUGUUCCUAAUUACGUAGGGAACUAUAGUAAAUUUUCAUACAAAUGUAUGAAGAUAAAAAAAAUUACAAUUGUUCUUAGUCAACAUGUAAAAAUAUUAAAAAUAAAAAUCUCUUUUGUAUAAUAUUUUAUUUUUAAAACAUUCAACAGAUUUAUCAUCCGAAUACAUAUUAUAAGUCCUAUCCUAUUUUCUCCCAACACAAUAAAAAUAAAUCUUCUCGUUAUGUUUAUUUUUGAAAAAGUUGUAAAUUGUUUUGCGAAACACAACACAAAUACCAAACAUACAAAAAUCAAGACUCAGUUAUAUAAAUACUUACUUUUUGGAAGUUUUGUAUGUUUGUUCCUAUGUAAAUGAGGAACAAUUAAAAGAUGCAUAAAAAUAAAUUAAGAUCAUAAAAUUAAAAUUUUUGUAAUUCAAAGUUUAAAGAAUUAAACAUAUAAUAUUUGUUUAAUUACUAUUUUAUUUUAAAAAUUGUAAAAAGUUUUAACAUUCAAAAACUUAUUACAACUUAUAGCCUACUUUAACCCCUACAUAAUAAAAGAAAAAACAUCUCAUUACGUUUAGUUUUAAAAAGCUAUAAUUAUUAAGUUUGAACAUUUCGCAAACACCAAUAGAGUGCUUGACACCGAGAGAGGUUACCUGUCAUAAAUGCUUGGCACUCAAAUGGUCAAUAUACCGUAUUAUGCAAAAAAUAAAGGCGUGAGGUCGAGAGUCACGGGUUCUAUUCCCGGGAGGUCACAAAGAUUUUGCAAAAGGUAUGAACCGUUUUCGAUUGAAACGUUUAGUACAAUAAAUUUAACUGCAACUGGCUUAGAAAAGUUCUAAAAAAGUAAAAAUUUAAAAAUAAAAAAUUCCCGCCAUACUAAUCAAAUGAAAUAUUACCAUACGUUAAGGUUGGCAUAAAACAACAAAAAACACAUAAAAUUAACACUUGCUGAAUGUUAUCAGUGAAAUAAAUCUUUAAUAAUUAUAACAUACAAAAUUAAUGUUAAUUGUAUUGUAUAUGGCUAUUUAUUCAGUCCCAUAGUUAAUUUCAUGGACACGAUCAUGCCACCUGUAACUACUAUAAUACUUCAUAUGUAGUCAUUUAUAUGUAUCAAAUCAUAAUAGUUAUCAAUAGCAGUGUAGUCUCUUGCAUUGUAUUACAUUUUAGCCCGAUAUCCAUAAUAUAUUUAAUGCUACUCAAUUCACAAUAUAAUGUGGUUUCGUAUAAUUGUGUGAACACUGAUAUCGAAAAUCGAUUUACUAAAAUUUACAUGUUUAAAUGACUCCGUUCUGAUAUGCGCAUAAUUUCCACAUUCCAGAACAAAUGAGUGUUUGAUUUUGUCCGCUUUGUGUUUUUCUUUUCAAUUCCUUUCGAUGUAAUGUGUUCUGUAAAUAAUGUGUUUAACGUUUGCGAGUUGAGGUAAACCUUUUGGAAAAGAAAUGUGACUGUCCCUGCGUUACUUUCCCCUUUAAUAAACAUUUACCUUGUAAGCCAUUACACUUUUACCCCCACUACUCACUCUAUGUGUGCGUAGGAAUAGAAUUUCAAUGUGGCGGUGACAGCGCGGUUUUCCAAAAGUUUACCUCAGCUGAUUAACAAUGAAUAAUUUAAAGGGGGACAACGUCUUAUGAGAUAUACAUACAUGUAUAUACAUCAUUAGCCUACUUAAUAAGUAAAUAGGAAAAGCCACUGUUGUAAAUAGUCAGAUUUUCUUUAGCGCAAAUAUGUAAUAAAAUCUUACUAUAUUUUAUAACUCGAUACGAUAAUGUUUGCACAGUAAUGUCAUUGUACAAAUGUGUAUUUACUCGAUGUUAUAGGACUUACCCAUGGCUUUGUUUGUACAUUUGAAAGGAAAAAUAGAUCAAUAAAUUUGCCUUUAAAAAGUU